GAGUGGGACCUUUUGCGGAAUUUAUUCGCUAUUCACUUUCACUGUUCCGCACAAUUCACGCCCCGCGCUCGUUGUUGAGAGCUGCAAGUAGUGAACACAACCGACUACGUAAUGUGUGUAAAUCGGCAGUGGUGGUAGGUUCAUUCAUACCAGUGGAGCAGGCUGUCUGUCACUGAGCGGUGGUAUCAGAUUGGAAAAUAGCGGGGCAAAAUGUCGAAACGGAGGAUCACACAGGAAACCUUUGAUGCCGCUGUCAGGGAAAACAUGGAGGAGUUUGAGAUGGAGCAGGAUGAGGCUUUGAGGGAGGCUGUGGAGCAGUUUGAGUCUCAAGGAGUGGACCUCAGUUGUAUAGUAAAAGCUGUACCAGCUGUAUCAUAUGACGAAAAACAAGAAGAGCAAACACAUGAGGUCCUACAGGCUUUGGAUUCCCUUCGAAUUGGAAAAGGCUCUGCUGGUGUUAUGGAAGUGACAGCAGACAUAAAACGGUUCACUGAGCAGUGCUCACUUGGAUUUGCCCAGAGGUACCUGGCUGCCCAAAAAGACGCCUACCCCAUCAUCCUCUCCUACUGCAAAAAGAGUGUGGAGGAGCAGGAGGCUGUGAUGGCCGCUCUUUUCGCCCUGGCUGCACUGACAGAUGGACAGCCAGACUUGCUGGAUGCAGAGGGCCAGCAGUUCCUUUUGGAUGUCCUUCAGAAGUACCGGGCAGAUUCCUCUGUGACAUGUGUAGCCAUCUGCGCUGUGCGCCACUGUUGUUUGAAACAUGAACAGAACAGGCAGGAUUUGGUAAAAGGUGGAGUCCUGCCCCUGAUGACCACUGCCAUUACACAACAUAGUGGAUGUGCGGAGCUGGUGAAAGAGGCCUCUGCAGCUCUGAGGGUCAUGACCUUUGAUGAUGAUGUUCGAGUUACAUUUGGGCAUGCUCAUGAACAUGCCAAAGUUAUUGUCCUGGAGCACAAUGGACUGAAGGUCUUAAUUGAUGCUGCAAAAGCUCACAUUGAUAAUACUUCUGUUCUGAGUGAACUCUGUGCAACUUUGUCCCGUUUGGCUGUAAGGAACGAAUUUUGUCAAGACAUCUGUGAUCUGGGAGGAUUAAAACUCAUGAUGACACUGCUUGCAGACUGCUAUGAGACAGCGGAGUUGGUUCGGCAGGUCCUAAGUGCAAUACAAGCUGUAGCAGGAAAUGAUGAUGUGAAAGAUGCUGUUGUUAAUACUGGUGGAGUCCAGCUCAUUGUCAUUGCCAUGAACAGACACAUGAGCAACGCUGCUGUGUGUGAGCACGGCUGUGCAUGCCUUUCUGUCCUUGCUUUGCGUAAACCCAACAACUGCAAAGUCAUCAUGGACAAUGGAGGUGCCUUGGCUGCUGUGCAAGCUAUGAAGGCCCAUACUGAUGCGGUUAAUGUGCAGAAACAGGCGUGUAUGCUGUUGAGAAACCUGGUUUCACGUAUGCGCAACUACAGCCAACCAAUCCUGGAGAUGGGAGCAGAGGCCCUGAUAGCCCAGGCACUAAAGGCCCAUCAAGACUGUGGUGAUGUGGGUAAAGCAGCCCUCAGAGAUCUGGGAUGCCAGGUGGAGCUUCGGGAGCUGUGGACUGGCAAACAUGGCAGCCUCACCAACUGAAAGCAAAGGAGAGCAUCAGUGAAGACAAUACAUUCUUACAAUGAGUUUGUCUAAAAUGCAAUUUUAGGGGAGAUGAAAUGUUAGGAUCUUGGUAUACAUAGCCAAGAGUUGAAGCAGAUGCACCUACUUAGCUAGAUACAUUUGUACAGUGUAGUUGUCAUAAAAAAACACUUGUGAGCAGUAGAAACAACCAAGCCACCAGUCACACACAAUGUCUUUAAGAAGUAGAAUAUAUUUUGCAGUCCUUUUUCUGUUUCUAACAAGUAUAAAAAGGUCAUCGUAGUCCUUUUGUACAUGUUUUAUUCACUAUUAAUAUUUUGUUUACAAAUUUUUGAUGUUCAAUUUUCUAUCUGUAACACAUUUAUGUUUGUGAGAUGUUAAAUGUAAGUUUGUGAAUUUUGUGCCAUGGUAAAUAUUAAUGUAUUUGCUGCUAAGCAAAUAGAUUAACUGCACUAUUUGCAGUUUCCUUUCCCAUGUUGGCAGAGGCAAAUUUUAACAUGUAUUGAAUGCCUUAUGUUUACUAGCACAAAACUUGUCCUCUUUUGUUUGUAGUUUGUCUAUGCAUAAUUACAAUCUAAAACUAAAAUCUCUGAUCUUUAGACCAACCACUGACGACAUUAUAUAUAUUCUGCAUGACCAUGAUAAAACUCCCUUUUGGUGCAUCACUUUAUCUUGCUGUGUGGCCAUGUGUGUAUAACAUUAUACACUGCAUUUGGUGAACCUGAGGAUACAUUUUAAAAGGCUAAAUUAACUUCCAGUG